AUGUCUUCCUCUACCAGCAAGGCGCUGGCGAUCAUGCCACACCAGACGAUGCGUCAUACCGACUGGGUAACAGGUGUUGUCCAUCUGCCCAGCAGACGACGGAUAAUCACAUGUUCGGGGGACGGCUCACUCCGGCUAUGGGACCUAGAGAGCGGCGCACAGAUAGGCGAGGAAUGGCGAAACGAGAGUGAGGCAGGAGUGUGGUCCAUGGCAUUGUCUCCACACGGCAAGACAGUCGCAUUUGGAAGCGGAAGCAGUGAUAAUAACGUGAGAUUAUGGGAUGUUGAGACGAGGAAGGUCAUCGCCAAAUGGACGGGACACACCGAUCUUGUGCGUGCAUUGUGCUGGAGUGCGGAUGGCAAGCGAGUAGCGAGCGGAUCCUGGGAUGGGACAGCAAGGGUAUGGGAUGCCAACAGCGGUGAAACUGUCCUGACAAUCAAAACCGGGCACAAUGAGGUGUGGGCGGUGAUAUACUCGCCCGAUGACGAAACCAUUGCGACGUCCGGAGACGACGAGAAUGCAGUCAAAAUCUGGGAUAGCAAGACGGGCAAGCUCAUCACCACACUUGAACACGAUUAUGCAGUUUACAACUUGGCCUGGACGUCGGACGGAAAGAAGCUUAUCUCCGGGUCAUAUCGCCUGAUUAGGAUAUUCGACACAACCACUUGGCAGCAGAUUGCCAUUCUUGAGGGUCACACAAAUCUUGUCAACGACUUGUCCUUGUCUGGGAACAACCGCCUCCUUGCAAGUGUAUCAUGGCAAGCAGCGCGUCUAUGGAAUCUUGACACGAAUCUCCCGAUCGGACCACCCCUCCAGCAUGAAGAUCAUUUAGAGUCCGCAGCCCUUUCCGCUGAUGGAAAAACGCUAUUCACUGGUUGCCAGAACGGAAAUGUGUACACAUGGGACAUUCACGCCAUCCUCAAAGAAGCAGCUGGCCUUGAAGACCUACUAUCCGCUGGUAGCAAUAUUGCAUCCCAAGGCAAUUCAGGAAUAGAGUGUACCCCCCGCUCUUCGCUAAGUGACAAGUCAUUUUUGGAAGCUGAUGCUACGCGAUGUCACGACGAGUUCGGGGGUCAUGUUGAUGAACUCCCACCUAAUUUUUUUGACAUCAUGGAAGCCGAGGUCCAUUCCUCCGAAACAGGUGCCCACCCUCAUUCCUCUGCGAGUGCACUCCUCUCUCGCCUUUCCUCGCUCCUUCACCGCUUUCAACACGACAAUGCUGAAGCGACCGAACUUUCCCAAACCCCAACGCCUUCCAGGUUCCAUCCACGUGUGCUCCUCGCUCGCCUUUCAUCACUCGUUCACCGUUCACCACCCGAAGAUGAUGCAGCAAAUGAUCUUCAGCAACCCUUCACGCCUUCGCGUUUAGAUCCAUAUGUGCUCCUCGCUCGACUGUCCUCGCUUUUACCCCGUUUUCGACUCAACACCGAUGAAGAAACCGAACCUCAUCCCACAACACUUUCGGGUUCACGUCCAGAUGCACUUAUCAGUCAUUUGUCCUCGCUCUUCCGCUCUCAACCCCACACCAACGAAGAAAUAGAACUCUCGCAACGCCCAUCCCGUCCUCAUGUUGUCGAAGUGGCUCCAAUGCGGGACAGGGAGGUAUUGUUUGUUGCUCCGCGGUCGCUACCAGACCGUCCACACACUCAGCCUAAUGGUACUGUCACACCAGGUGUAAGACCUGCGUAUCCACUUGCCCUCCGAUUAUUGGCCCAUCUCGUGCUUUUUCUCUGCUGUGCGUCUCCUCAACACGCCAAUGGAAAUGUACAACCAACACAGCAGCAGCAAGAUCAAUCACAAGCUCCGGUCGAAACCCAGGUGUCGUCACUGCAGACUCAGCCCAUCGCCCCCUCGACGUCCACGAUACCUACUGCUCCAGGUGCGGCAAGCGCGUAGCCACGACCCCUUCCAUUGCAGACCUUUUUCGUUCUUUGUCUCUGCUGUACAUCUUCCCCACACGCAGAUGGGCACUCACACUACAGCACACGGACACCUAUCUCGUCCGUCUAGUUUUUUUAUAAUCAAAAUUGUCUCGAAUUUGUCAAAAACGUCGGGUUGCCUUUGAAAAUGCUUCGACCGACUGAGCAAGCACUAUCAUGGAACGCUCCAAGUCGUCUCUCACCUGCCCCCAGUGAUCGACAUCACGACAUUCAUCACUGACGGGCGCUGCCCGCCUUGGAAAGAGUAGAACACUAUUUAGCUGAGCCAAGGGCGAAUGAUGUGGUUCCGCAACAUAUACCGCCCUGAUCGAGAGAACUUGCCCAUCAUCCAGUCGGAUGCUUUGGACUGAUGUCUGGAAUUUGUGAUGAUCAUUAUCUUGAAGUUCAAGGGGUGGGCAAGCACACAGAUCGGUCGAAU